UGUCCCCUUUUCUGUUUUCCAGUUGCCUUCCUGGGAGACAUCGCCUUGGACGAGGAAGACCUCAAGCUGUUCCAGUUGGACCAACUCGCAGACCUCAGACGCCGCACCUUUGAGAAACCAGCCAACACCACCUCAGGGAUCAGCACCAGCCUGGCGGCCAGGCGGCAGCGGAAGAGACAAUGGAGACAGGUGCGGUCUCGGAGCCGCCGCGCAGCCACCUCCCGCCAUGAGAGGGUGUGGCCGGACGGGGUCAUUCCCUACGUGAUCAGCGGGAACUUCAGUGGGAGCCAGCGGGCGAUUUUCCGGCAGGCCAUGCGCCACUGGGAGAAGCACACCUGCGUGACGUUUUUGGAGCGCAAUACCGAAGAGAGCUACAUCGUGUUCACGCACAGGCCUUGUGGGUGCUGCUCCUACGUGGGCCACAGAGGAGGGGGACCUCAGGCCAUCUCCAUUGGCAAGAACUGCGACAAGUUUGGCAUCGUGGUUCACGAGCUGGGCCACGUCAUCGGCUUCUGGCAUGAGCACACACGCCCAGACCGGGACGACCACGUCUCCAUCGUCCGGGAGAACAUCCAGCCAGGGCAGGAGUAUAACUUCUUGAAGAUGGAGCCUGAGGAGGUGGAGUCCCUGGGGGAGACGUACGAUUUUGACAGCAUCAUGCACUACGCCAGGAACACCUUCUCCAGGGGGGUUUUCCUUGACACCAUCAAGCCCAAAUACAGUGUGAACGGGGUGGUGCCCCACAUCGGCCAGCGCACUCGGUUGAGCAAAGGGGACAUCGACCAGGCGCGCAAACUCUACAGGUGUCCAGCCUGUGGAGAGACCCUCCAGGACAGCCAGGGGAAUUUCUCCUCCCCGGAGUUCCCCAACGGAUACCCUGCACACAUGCACUGCAUCUGGAGGAUAUCGGUCACCCCUGGGGAAAAGAUCAUCCUGAACUUCACGACCAUGGAUCUAUACCGAAGCCGGCUAUGCUGGUAUGAUUACGUGGAGGUGAGAGACGGGUUCUGGAGAAAGGCCACACAGCGAGGCAGGUUCUGCGGGAAUAAGCUCCCCGAGCCCAUCAUCUCCACCGACAGCCGCCUCUGGAUCGAGUUCCGCAGCAGCAGCAACUGGGUCGGCAAAGGGUUCUUCGCUGUCUACGAAGCCAUCUGCGGGGGAGAAAUGAAGAAAGACAACGGCCACAUCCAGUCUCCCAACUACCCUGACGAAUACCGGCCCAACAAGGUGUGCACCUGGAAGAUCACAAUCUCCGAGGGCUACCACGUCGGCCUCACUUUCCAGUCGUUCGAGAUCGAGCGGCACGACAGCUGUGCCUACGACUACCUGGAGAUCCGGGACGGCAGCACCGAGUCGAGCAGCCUGAUCGGCCGGUACUGUGGCUAUGACAAGCCCGACGACAUCAAGAGCACGUCCAACAAGCUGUGGAUGAAGUUUGUCUCGGACGGCUCCAUCAACAAGGCUGGCUUCGCCGUCAACUUCUUCAAAGAGGUAGACGAGUGCUCACAGGCCAACAACGGCGGGUGUGAACAGCGCUGCGUCAACACCCUGGGCAGCUACCGGUGCGCCUGCGACCCCGGCUAUGAACUGGCUUUGGACAAGCGCCGCUGUGAAGCCGCCUGCGGAGGCCUCCUCACCAGACUCAACGGCUCCAUCACCAGCCCGGGCUGGCCCAAGGAAUACCCCCCGAACAAGGACUGCGUCUGGCAUCUGGUGGCGCCCUCCCAGUACCGCAUCUCCCUGCAGUUCGAAUUCUUCGAGACCGAGGGGAAUGACCAGGUGUGCAAGUACGACUUUGUGGAGGUGCGCAGUGGGCUGUCGGCCGACUCCAAGCUGCACGGCAAGUUCUGCGGCGCGGAGAAGCCGGAAGUCAUCACUUCCCAGUACAACAACAUGAGGAUCGAGUUCAAGUCCGACAACACCGUCUCCAAGAAGGGCUUCAAAGCCCAUUUCUUCUCAGACAAAGACGAAUGCUCCAAGGAUAACGGGGGUUGCCAGCACGACUGCCUGAACACCUUCGGCAGCUACCAGUGCCAGUGCCGCAGCGGCUUCGUGCUGCAUGACAACAAGCACGACUGCAAGGAAGCCGGCUGUGAUCACAAGGUGACGUCCAUCACGGGGACCAUCACCAGCCCUAACUGGCCCGAUAAAUACCCGAGCAAGAAAGAAUGCACAUGGGCGAUCACCACCACGCCUGGGCACCGCGUCAAACUGACCUUCACGGAGCUGGAUGUAGAAGGCCAUCAGGAAUGCACUUACGACCACCUGGAGGUUUACAAUGGGAAAGAUGCCAAGGCCCCAGUCCUGGGCAGGUUCUGUGGGGCUAAGGAACCAGAUCCUGUCGUCUCCACCGGCAACAAGCUGUUCCUCAAAUUCUUCUCCGAUAACUCCGUCCAGAAGAAGGGCUUCCAGGCCACCUAUUCCACAGUGUGCGGGGGCCAGCUGCGAGCUGAGGUGAAAACCAAGGACCUGUACUCGCACGCCCAGUUCGGAGACAACAACUACCCCGGGGGCUCGGACUGCGAGUGGGUGAUUGUGGCGGAGGAAGGCUACGGGGUGGAGCUCAUCUUCCAGACCUUUGAGAUCGAGGAGGAGGCCGACUGCGGUUACGACUACAUUGAGCUCUUCGACGGUUAUGACGGGACCGCGCCACGCCUGGGGCGCUACUGUGGAUCCGGGCCCCCGGAAGAGGUCUGCUCCGCCGGAGACUCGGUGAUGAUCAAGUUCCACUCGGACGACACCAUCAACAAGAAGGGUUUCCACCUGCGGUACACCAGCACCAAAUUCCAGGACACGCUUCACUCAAGGAAGUGAGGGGCCACAGCCACCGGGGCCCCUCGCCACCCCCCCGCUGGAGGGACGGUUCUUUUCUGCAUACAACAACCGCAUGCGCGGGGCGGGGGGGCCACACAGGCAGACAGACAGACUGGACGGAGAAACACACCGCGAACCUCAGCACUAAGACACACUCACACAGUGGCCAAGGUGCAGUCAGCUGCUGGCUCAGAGCAGAUUUUUUUUUUUUGCGGGGGGGGGGAGGGGGAAGGGGUCUUUUUUCUCUUUAAAUACACAUUCCUGUGCCUCUUUGUUUGAUGAAGCAGGGCAGCCCCUCCAAGCCGGAAGCAAAUGUUCUUUUUAACCACUUUGCAACUACCGUUGAUGAAUCGAUUGUACUACCUCCCCGGGUCGCCCCCCCCCACCCCCUAGGAGGUAUCGCUUAAUGCGGGAAAGCCCAAUCGUGUGGCAGGUCUUUGCCUUUAUAAACUUGACAAAGCAGGUAUCGGCUCAGCUCCCUGAACGUCCAGACCCCACAGGAGCGAAGAGCCCAGCACGCCCGCCUGUUGUAACAGUGUAAUAAAUACUCGGUCUUGUCAGGCCGUUGGCCUUUUUAACUCUCCGCUCUUUGCGGAGUUUGUUGUCGUGGUGCUUUUCUGAGAGAAACCUAAUGUGCCGGGGGCCUUCCCCCCCCCUCAAUGUUCUUAAACGCCUGAUCGCCGGUUGGAGCGUCGUCCUCUCUCACGACCCAUCGGUCGAUCUAGAGACCGCCCCAAAGCAACUGCGGGAAGGAGUUCCAUCGGCCCCAGUUGGAAGGUCUGCAUCUAAUAAACGGAACAUGUUGCAAACGAA